AUGGAUGUAGAAAUUCCUCGAUUGAUAGGAAAACUGGAGGGAAUGGCGAAUGGCGAUCUGCCUGUCAACGAAUCAGAACUUCAAAACGAGUUGUACAAGUACAAUGAGAAAUUUUACAAGCAUACAGUUGCUGAACUGGCUGAAGAUGCCAUCAGUGUGGUUGCACAAGAUGGAUGUGCGAGCACACCCCCUGUCCCCAUGUACAUUGGUUUUUCAACCAAAAGUUUAAGUGCCUCUGAAGGUCUUCGAAUAUUGGAAGCCGUCACAAAGGAGGCUCACGAGCGUGGAAUUAUUUUCAAUGUCUGGUCUUUUGACAGCGAGUUUUCUUGCAUAUACAGGAAUUACUACGUGAACAAUCCAAGCACAUUCAUAAUAGAGGUGAAGGCUAUCAAACAAGAGGCCCAGCAGCUUCAUGUAUCACAGAUAUGCUCAGAGAUCGCAUCAUACAUUUCAUGCGUAUUCGACUUUGAACCAGCCAUUACUGCACAGGAAGUAGAGAGAGAAUGCAAUUUGCUAAAUAUGAACCAAUAUGAUGGACCUGACUUGUCCCAAGUGACAAUUCGAACUCGAUCUGGAAUAAUGCACAUGAACACUGCAGAGUUUGCCCAAAUAGAGAAAUUCGCGUUGAGUUUGAGGAGGAACCAAUUGAUAUGGCAGGUCCAGAGAGAAAAGAAAUUGCAGUGUUCUCCUUCCACCAGAACUAAGGCCUGUUUGAACGAGAUGUACAGCAGAAUCCACAUCUUCUGCCGACGGUAUGGAUACGAUAGCAUUAUACAACAAGGGGUUGCAGAGAAUGAAACAGCCAAAUUCACGCCCUGGGAGCUCGAACGAUUGAUCACAGAUGGAUUGGAAGAAUUUGAUCCAAACAAGAUUAGGUUUCAAUUCAACGAGUACCUGUCAAACCCUGUUAUCUCUCCAACAACGAAGAAGCUACUUUUCUUUGCGCCAUGUAUCAAUCAUUUACUGAAGAAUGUCAGGCACACGGUUGGCUCGGGGAGAAACCCGACUGCACAGCAAGAGGCUAAAACAUGGCAUGCUGCGUACACUGAUAUUUCCAAGAAGAAUUCGUCAUGGCUAACGCAGCUGGAAGUCGAUGGGUGCACGGACCCUCAAUCAGUGGAUAUCAUGUUAAAAAUGUUCAGCAGCAAGGCCAUAUCGCUUCUGAAUGCAGAGGGACACAUUGAAACAGCAAGAAUGGCAGAAGCAAUGAACGGCCUUCACAGAGCUUUCGACGAGAGAGGCCUCACCAAGUCUGAAAGAAGAAAUCUCAUUCUUAGAGCUCGAACCUGGCUUCUAAGAGAUGUGGAUUGGAUGAGGGUAGGCAAGAAGCACAUGAGGGGGUUGUCAUCUGUAACCUUCGAAGGACUGAUUGUAGCCAUGGACACACAUCUACAGAUACAGAGUUAUUUGAGCAACAACAAAGGUGUGUUGGGUGAAAAGGAGUAUGACUUCAAUGCACGGACGCUCUGCACAGACAGCGUUGAAAACCUCUGGUCUUUGAUAGGUCAUUUGAACAAGAAAGAUUUCUUGAGGAAAUUCAACAAAGCAUGCACUGAGCUCUCAAAAAAAUUCGAUCCCAAUCUGCCUUUUGUGUAUGACCACUCAAAAAAGCGAAUCAUUCUUAGCAGACCACGCGGGGAGAAGAAGCUUUUCAACGCAGAGGAAGGAACACGGGACAAAGAGAAUGAGUGCAGGUCCCAACCUCGAUCUCGGAAACGUAUACAUACUCAAUCUUUGGAUACACGAGGAGGAUUCACAGGACAAAUGCCUGGAUUUCAGGGAUUACGAACUUUGUCUGGUUGUAAGUCUACGGAAGAAGAGAUAGAAAGGACAAAAUGUCAAAAGUUAAGACGUGUACAAAGCGAACAAGUAUAG